AUGUCCUCCCUGUUCGAAGCCGUCCUGCGAUCCGAGGCGGGAUCAGUCAACGGUGGACAAUGGCCUCAAUCCGAUCAAGUGUCCAGCGCUCGCCCGCAAUUGCCAUCAGAGAGCAAUGCGCCCAUGAGCGAUAUGCAGGCACUCCCAGAUGAUGAAAUCGUUGGCGCUGCAAAUGGCGCCGUCAACCGUCUGCGAAAUCCAUAUGCAACUGCACCCACUCCAGUCCGCGAUUCAACCGCCGAAAAAGUGCAACAGGCUUUUGAGAGGUUUCUAGAGACUUUCCAAGAAGAUCCUACAAAUCACGUUGCGCCCCCUCCUUCGUCGGCACAACAAUAUAGUGACAAAUACUACAUUCAACAAAUUCACGGCAUGAAAUCAUUCGACCUUUCUACACUCUAUGUCGAUUAUAACCAUCUCGCAGCGAGCGAAGACGAUGCUUUGGCCGGGGCUAUUGCAAGCCAAUAUUAUCGUUUCCAGCCUUUCCUCAUCCGAGCUCUGCACAACCUCCUUCUCAAAUACGAGCCCAGCUAUUUCGUCUCCCAUCGCCAGCCAAAUAGCAACUCCUCACAGGGAACUGUGGCAGCAAAUGCCAGUGCCAAUGACGUUUCUCAAGAAGAAACUUUCUUAAUGAAUAGGAAGACACGUCACCAGCAGACGGAUCGAGUGUUCUCUUUGGCUUUCUACAACUUGCCGUUAGUGUCUCGACUACGCCAACUGCGAACGUCACACAUUGGCAAGCUACUGUCCAUUUCGGGAACAGUCACCCGGACAUCUGAAAUCCGACCUGAGCUUUCGCUCGGAACAUUCAUUUGCGAGGGAUGCCGAACUCCCUGUACCAAUAUCGAGCAGACAUUCAAAUACACUGAGCCCUCUCAGUGCCCGAAUCCCACCUGCGGUAACCGAACGGGUUGGCGCCUUGACAUUGGGAAGAGUACAUUUGUUGAUUGGCAAAAGAUCAAGCUUCAGGAGUCAUCACACGAAAUCCCGACUGGAAGUAUGCCGCGUACCAUGGAUAUCAUUGUCAGAGGAGAACAGGUCGAUAGAGCCAAGGCUGGAGAGAAGUGUAUCUUCACAGGAACAUUGAUUGUCGUCCCUGAUGUUAGCCAACUGGGCUUGCCUGGUAUGCGCCCUGAAGCAAAUCGUGACAACGGAGCUUUCCGUGGUAGUGAUAUCGGGGGUGGAGGUGUUUCCGGUCUCAAGUCCCUUGGUGUGAGAGAUCUCACUUAUCGUCUCGCAUUCUUGGCUUGUAUGAUCACCCCAGAUUUGACCACUCCCGGUCAGCCUACGACUCAGCAACUCACCGGCCAAUCCCAGAACAUUCUAGCAUCAUUGAACCAGAAUGAACAAAUUUCAGAAGACGCCGAGUUUGCACAAGAAGCCCUCCUACAGACCUUUACUCCGGCCGAAGUUCAGGAGUUGAAGUCUUUGGUCGAAAGUGAACACGUUUACCAGCGACUAGUUAACUCAAUUGCUCCUAUGAUUUACGGCCAUCAGUCGAUCAAAAAGGGGCUUUUGCUGCAGUUGAUCGGCGGUGUGAGCAAGAGUACGGAACAAGAGGGGAUGCAGCUGCGAGGUGAUAUCAACAUUUGCAUUGUCGGCGAUCCUUCGACCAGUAAGAGUCAAUUUUUGAAAUAUAUCUGCUCGCUGCAUCCACGAGCUGUCUAUACCUCUGGUAAAGCUUCAUCUGCUGCUGGUUUGACGGCUUCUGUUGUCAAAGACCCAGAGACUGGCGAGUUUACCAUCGAGGCCGGUGCUCUCAUGUUGGCUAACGGAGGAGGAAUUUGCGCCAUUGACGAAUUCGACAAGAUGGAUGUUGUAGAUCAGGUCGCUAUUCACGAAGCCAUGGAACAGCAAACAAUCUCGAUCGCCAAAGCUGGUAUCCACACAACCCUCAACGCACGAGCAUCCAUUCUCGCUGCUGCCAAUCCCAUUGGUGGCCGAUACAACCCUAAAGCCACUCUUCGCUCCAAUCUUAAUCUCAGCGCACCCAUCAUGAGUCGAUUCGAUUUGUUCUUUGUGGUUAGAGAUGAACCCAAUGAGCAAGUUGACCGCAACUUGGCCACUCAUAUUGUCAACGUCCACAUGAAUCGAGAUGAAGCCGUUGAGCCUGAGAUAAGCACUGAGCUACUCCAACGCUAUAUCCGACUAGCACGAACAUUCAAGCCCGUCUUUACUGAAGAGGCAAAGGCGGUGUUGGUGGAGAAAUACAAGGAACUAAGAGCAAACGAUGCCCAAGGUGGCAUUGGCAGAUCAUCCUACCGUAUCACUGUUCGUCAAUUGGAGUCUUUGAUUCGCUUGUCGGAGGCAGUUGCCCGAGCCAACUGUGUCGAAGAGAUCCUCCCCAAAUUCGUCCGAGAAGCAUACAACCUUCUCCGACAGAGUAUCGUCACUGUCGAAAAGGACGAUAUCGAAGUCGACGAGGACGAAGAGAACCAGCAAGCUGCGCAAGCGGACGCAGAUGAUAUGAUGGACGAAACUCGUGACCGGGACGGCGACAGCCCAAUGGCCGAGGACGGCGAAGCMCCAGCCGAACCACAGCAAGAACAACAAUCCUCUCGUCCCCGAACGACCAAGAUCACAUACGAGAAAUACACAAAGACACUCAACCUCCUCGUCCGCCGCGUCAUGGAAGACGAAGCCGCGUCCGGCAGCGGCGUCGAGCAAGAGGAAUUGCUGACCUGGUACCUCGAACAAAUCGAAUCCGAACUCGAGAGUGAGGAAGAUCUUCAACGAGAGCGUGGCUUGGCCAAGAAAGUGCUCAAGCGUAUGGUCAAGGAUAACAUCCUCAUGCCCAUCAGGGGCCAAGGCCUCAUGGACGAAACCCAAGAGGAUCAGCGACCCGAAGACGCCGCGCAGCCCCAACUCGUCUACGUGCUGCAUCCCAACUGCGCGAUCGAGGAUAUAGAUUUAGAUUAA